GCCAGAACUGUGUGACUUGGGAUCGAACUCCUUUAUUUAUUGGCCAACAAGACGGUAACUUCUCUAGUUGUUGAUCGGUGUAGGGGGUAGCUACCUGUGUUACCUAUUUAGUUACCCAUUCAGUUACCUACCCAGCAGCUAAGAAACCAGCUAACUUUUACUUUUUUGGAGAUCCAAAGUAACAUUCAACACCACCUUCGUCACAUGCCAGCUUUCAACAACCCAUCACUUGUAAUUCGUCAUCUUUGUUAAUAUCUAAUAGCUACCCUGUUCGAUAUGUUUUUACUAUCCAAUUUCAGCGCAUUAUGAACUCUAGAUUAGUACGAGAUAGAGGGUUAGGAGCGCAACCAUGUCGUUGCGACCGUUUGUAUCCUCGCCCGAGCACAAGGGGCAACGCGAUGACGAAUUGGCACAUAUGAGGAAUUCGGCGCAAAAGAAUAUGGCCUCGAACCAGUUAGAUCGAGCGAUAACAGCUCCCUCCGACAUGAGACAAAUCACAUCUACCCAAACUUCGUUACCCGUUCAUCAGCGUCGCCAGGUUAUCAUUCCAGACCCCGUUGCCUUCAGAUAUUUAGAAGGGGAUUCGUGUGUUAUCGUCGCCGAGCAGAGGCGAGAACUACGGGGGUACGAGUUAUACCUAGUUGAACAAUGGGCUUGCUCCCGCCAGUCACCUACUCUUGUUAUCGUUACAUAUACCGGAGACGACAAACAUGUCGUUGUUGCUGGUGUUCUGAGCGUCCCGGCUGAUGAGAAAGCUUGGUCGCCAAAGCUGCGUCUCUAUUUCAAGGCUAUCCAGCAGUACCAUGCGCGGCCGAAAGAAACGGAUAGGGGCGAACUAUUAAUGGUAACAAAUUUAAGUAGCUUUCCUUCCGCUUUAACUGUCAUACCGGUUCCCGACGGCGAUAUCAGGAAACAUCGAAAGGAGUUUAUUGUCAUUGAAGAUCUAAAGAGGCUCGGAUGUUCUGGUCGAUCUGGGAUGACCCUGUCCGAGCCUACAGGCGCAGCGAAAACCAAGUUCUACCAGCUAUAUAAGACAACCGAGAAGAUGCCGUUUUCCGAUGUUGUCAUUGAGCUGGUCAAGAUCUGCCAGGUGGCUCUCCUAUUAUUCGGAAAACUGGAACAGGUUUAUAUUGAUGGACUUCUCUGCGACGUAACCGAAACUGCCAUUGGUGAUUGGUGGACCGAGUUUGGAACUGAAUAUUACAACAUAGAACCGACCGACGGUAUUUUAGGCCCCACGACCGUUGCCGCAUUACUUGGUUUACUGAUGGGCGCCCGAAAUAGGCUAAGCUACUUUGGAGCGCCCGUCCCAAAGGAUGUAUUUGACAUCGAGGCCACUGAAAAAGGCAUCUCUUAUUUUCAAAAAUACCAGAAGUUAGAGAGAACACGCCGAUUAGACCGGCAAACUAUGCACAAGCUUCGUACCGUGACUGCGAAAGCAGCCGCGGGUGAAGGCUGGGGCGUACAGAAGGCAGUUAAAUCAACGAUGACUGAAAUAGGCGGAAAGCGAGGCGAGAUCGUUCUUGGCAUGGUCAGUGGACGUGAUAAAGGCGGGAUCGGUGACAUUGAGACCCUGGAUCUUGAUAGAUUAAUUAGCCUGGUCUCCGGAGAGCGAGCGAAGUGGCUAUGGUUCGGUAAGCCUAAGCGUUCUACUGCCGACAAUCACGAAAAGCCCAUUUCCGAUAUGAGUAAUAUUCUAUUCGGCAAGGAGGAUGGCCCUAGUCAAACAAAAAAGACGCACAUAACGCCUUUGGAGGAAGAGGCGGCAGAGACUCGCCGGCGAGAGGACACUCCUCCGGUUUAUUCAACCCCAGCUCCCGGGUCCGCCGUUAGCGUAGGUGAUAGCCCUGGGGAUAAGGAUGCCAUCCGGCGUGGAUUCAAGAGUGUAGCUCGAGAUGCCCGUUCAGGUCUCGGACGUAUAAAAGAUGCUGUGUAUAGUGGAGGAGGCCUACGCAGUCAUAACAAUCGGCUUCCGAAAGAUGAAUCAUCGGAAUCUGCCAUCACCGGGCCGCGGUCAUCCGUGCUAUCUGAUCCCUCUACCGGGGCCAUGACCAGUUCAAGUUCUGGUCCACUUCCAGGCCAGAUUGGCAGGGCUUUUACAUGGAAGACAAAGCCGGAAGAGUAUCUGAGUGCUAUGAGAAGGGACAAGGAGAUCGAGUCAGCUCCAGCCUCGAUAGCCUUAUCAGGUGUAGAAGAGACACCUUACAAAGAAAUUCGGACAGCCUCUAAAAUAAAUGGCUACGUGCAAAGGCCUAUACACGAGGACUUCAAACGUGGUUCACUGGCCGUAGAGGUGCGAAAUGAAGUGACAGCGACUGUUGAAUCCUCGGUGGCAAACUCGAUUGUCGCCGAAACUGAUCUUCAGGGACCGUUCGUCGAGACAGAGCAGCGGUUUAGCACUAUUUUACCAAGUCUACAUAGGCGACAUAGCAUCGGGGUUUCGCGGCCUCCUGAGCGAGGCGCCUUGAACGAAGCUAGAUGGGCACGAAGACUUUCAUUCGGGGACGCUGAAGAAGCCGUCCUCCGAUGGGAGGAGAUCGUUGGUCUCGACCAGAGCGUCGAAUCGGAUAGCAUAGAAGCCCUGGAGAAAUAUGGCUAUCUUACGGGACUCGCCAGGAGUUUGUACGUGGAUAUUCUUGAUAUAAAGCAGAGCAUCGAGCCCUGGGCGGAUUCCAAGGUUAAGUCAGUCAUCGAAAUAGAUGACUAUUACGCGCGGCAACAAGAAGAGCUGCAGGCACUCUACGAUCAGCUCGCAGCGGCAUAUAGACGGACCAAAGAGGAUUCGCAGGAGACAAUCGCUGCUCAAAGGGCACGAAUCACGGAGGCACUUGGAGAAGUUGGAGUACAAGCAGCCAAAUUAGAGUACGAGAUUAACGCUCUUGUUUCCCGCGUACAAGAUGUGGAGGAGGGCGUUGCGCAGUUCGAGAUACAAGUGGACGAAGUGGAGCGGAGAGCAGACGAGCUCAAGAUACAACUCGAGACGGAGAGUUGGCUACAUUGGGCAGUGAGAACACUAACUGGAAUCGGUACAGGGCCGAAUAUUACGAGACCACGGCAAUAACCUGAACAGCAGGAAUGAUUAUUCGUUGUUUUUAUUCGAAUCCGAAGCAAGAUAUUUGCGUGAUAGGUCUACUGUUUUUUUCUUCUUCUUUGGAGAUUUGUUUUUCACUAGUAUAUCUAAGAGGACUACCUAGGGGCAAAAGAAAAGGAGAGAGAGAGAGAGAAAGAGAAAGAGAAGGCAUGUUGCAUUUGGCGAAGCGAGCAUUCCGAGUUGAAACAACUCAUUAUCAUUUAGGUACUUUAGUAAAUUACUUGUACGUCUAGAUACCCGGGCUAGCGUAAUAGAUCCCAUUGCCAUUGUAGUUAGUAUAAUUUUUUGAUAGGCUUGAAUUUCUUGGAUUUGUUUGACAUCUUUUGAGGAAAUACGUGUUUGGGUGACAUCAAUACUUACUCGAGCAGUGGAUCUUGGGGUAAAAUAACGUAUGGAGGAUAAGGAGAACAGAUGGCACCAGCUGAAAAGAUGUACUGACGUAAUUGGAUAUAAUUGGAUUACGACGUUAAGGAG